AUGACAGACCAUGGAGGUUGCACUUCAGAAGAUUUCAUUGAUUAUGUGCUUGAUAUUAUCACUGAGGUAUCUUUUUGUAUUUUUCUGCUGGGGAUGGGCCAGAUUGGGAAGGGCGGUACGAGGGUGAGACUUGGCAUUGGUGUUUUGGAACAUCAAAGAUGGACAGGGUUUUCGCGGAGGUCGCUCCUCGGAUAUCUCCACAACUACAGGUCGAGGAUCUUCCAAAAUCGAGAAGAUUGGUGCAUAUGGCUAGGUCUCUUCACCUUACAAUUUGUAUGGCACUUUGGCCCGGGGUUGUGGUGUGGUAGGGGAGAACGGGGGAUUAUCCCACACAGGAGUUUCGAACAACGUCCGGUUCACGUUUGGCUGGAUAACUCCACCACCACACAGGGUAUGCGGUCGGCGAUGGGGUCAGAAUGCUCGUAUGAUCGAGGGCUUUUCGAUGAAUCUAUCGGCGGGUUCUUAUUCGAAAAAUCGAGCGAGUUCGUAUCUCUCUCAGAUAGAAUUGUUGUAAUCUUAAUAUUAUGA